AUGAAGGGUAAUGAUAAUAAAUUGAGUCCAUUCGAGGCGUUCGCGUAUUGUUUCGGAGACAUUAUCGGCUCGGGAAUAUUCGUCUCUCCCUGGUCAAUUAUGAAACAUUCUGGGUCCAUUGGUCUCUCAUUUAUCAUAUGGAUUGUUGGGGCCUUCAUUGCCAUAAUCGGGGCCUUGGUUUAUGUUGAAUUGGGCACCAAGAUCAGGAAAUCUGGAUGUGAUUUUGCCUAUCUUACACAUGGCGGAUGGUGAGUGACCUUGAAAUUAAUAAGAUCAAACUAUCCCUGAUUUGUCACUUGUAACAACAUGAUGUUUGCAGGGAGCCAGCAGCCGUUCCAUUUUUAUAUGUUAGUUGUUUGCUGAUAUACCCAACCAUUCUGGCCAUCCAGACAAUUGCCUUUGGCGGUUACAUUGUGUCUGGCUUGUCCAGUAUCUUCUACUUUGACGACGAUGAAGUUUAUAUUUUGAGACACCUUAUUGGGUUCUUGGCAUUGUGUGAGUACUAUGAUUUCUAAAAUACCGAUUUAAUUGAGUCGUUCUUGUCUUUGUGAACAUGUUUUCUCUUCGAAGUUUCGCGGGAAAACUUCAAAUAGCAGUAACUGCGUCGAAAUUGGCAGUAAUCUCAAUUAUUUUACUGGUCGGGUUCUAUUAUUUGAUAUUCAAAGGUAUGUCUGGGAGGAAAUUUAACGAUCUAGAUGACAGAUGGUUCCAAACAUUUUGAAAAUUCAUUUGAUGGGACAACAAAGGACCCUGGAGGUAUUGCUCUCGCACUCUAUGCUAGUCUUUAUGCCUACAAUGGAUGGGAUAUUUUGAAUUUUGGAACGGACGAAGUCGAGAAUCCGAGAAAGUAAGACCUUGCAAAUUGUCGUGCAAAGUGCUGUAAUUGAUUCCUACUGUUUCUUUAAAGGAGUUUGCCGAUUGCUGGACUGGGCAGUAUUAUUAGUGCAGCUGUUUUGUAUGUGGGCAUUAAUGUGGCUUACAUGUCCGUGCUGACUAAAGAAGAAUUCUUGAUUGGGGAUACGGUAGCAGUGGUAGGUCGAAAGAGAUAAAAAUAAAUGUCUUUAGCAAUUUGCUCGUCGCUCCAUGGGCGAUUUCAGUUACGUAGUUCCAUUUUUGAUCGGAGUUUUAUUACUGGGAAAUCUGAAUACUACGAUCUUCGGAUGCAGCCGAUAUGUACUUGCUGGUGCCAGGAAUGGAUACUUCCCAUCGUAUUUGAAGACCCUGAAUCCGGAAUCGAUGAGUCCAAGGGCUGCUGUUCUGGCUGAGGUGAUCUUUCGCUUACAGUACUAGUAAUGUUAUGACUGCCUGAAGGUAAUUUACUUUUUUAGUUGGUGGUAGCCAUCAUAAUAUCAUUUAUUGGUGAUCUGGAGCAUCUACUUGGGAUCAUGACCUUUGCCAUGUGGACACAACGAGCAAUCGUCCAGAUAUGUUUACUUUGGAUGAGGUAUAAGCGAUUUGAAUAUCCAAAAGAUGCAUUCGUUACUCCGAUCUUCAUGCCCAUCUUGUUUUUCGGUAUUUCCAUUGCUUUGCUUGUUGCUCCAGUUGUUGAGGUACGUCGAAAGCAUUAAUUUUUUACGCGACAUUUCUGCUUUCAGAAUUAUUACGUAGCCAUUGCGGGUCCAGUGCUGUUGUUAUGCGGCUGCUUUGUAUACUUUAUAAUCCUCCCGCGGACGCAUAAGGUGAUCUUCCAGAAGAUGGACUACUACCUAGUCGUAUUGUCUCAACUUUUGUUGAAUGUUGAUAUUGUUGAAGAUGAAAAAUUAGAAUAA